AUAAGAGGUGGGGUUUAUACAGAAAGUUUCCUUUAACUGAUUUUUGCACAAUCUGUGAACUUGAAAAUAAUCCAACUGAGAACAUGCCUGUUUUUUUAAAAUAAUAUAUCAUAGUGGAGGUCACAACUUUAACAGUGAGAAAACACAGAGAAUUCUGUUCAGAAUUCUGGCAAGGAAUAAGUGAAGAUUUGUUAAGUUUUGUGAUUUGAUAUUUGUUAGAUGAGGGUUUUUUUGUUUUGUUUUGUUUAGCUUUGCUCAAGUUUCUAGUAGGUGGAACAUUUGGUGAGUGGACUUUAUUCAGGCAGGAUUUUUUCAACUUCUGCUUGAAACAAGAUUUCAAUUGGAGCAGUUAGAAGAGAAUAUUACACAGUCUCAGCAAUAUUUAGCUCCUAAAUGUAUCUUGCUUCCAGGUCUAAACAAUGAAAUUUGCAGUAAAAAUUGUUUUACUUCUAUUUUGGACUAUCUGUGCUGCACAAGACUGUAAUGAUGCUCCUCCAAGAAAACCUACAGAAAUUCUAUCAGGGACAUGGUCUAAGUCAGUAUAUCCAGAAGGUACACGUGCUACUUACAAAUGUCGACCUGGAUAUAGAACACUUGGAAGUAUAGUAAUGGAAUGUAAGCAUGGAAAAUGGGAGUCUCUUUACCCAUCUCGAGUUUGUAUGAGAAAGCCCUGUGGUCACCCUGGAGAUAUUCCGUUUGGUUCUUUUGAACUUUUGGAAGAUACUGAAUUUUUAUUUGGAUCCCGGGUUGUAUAUAAAUGUAAUGAAGGAUAUCAAUUAAUAAGUCCAGUCAAUUUUCGUGUAUGUGAAGCAGAUGGAUGGAGCAAUGAUGUCCCUUUCUGUGAAGUGGUUAAGUGCUUACCAGUGACAGCACCAGAGAAUGGAAGAAUUGUCACAAGUUCACUUGACCCAGAAGAGGAAUUUACUUUUGGCCAGGUAGUACAGUUUGAAUGUAAUCCAGGUUUUAAGCUGAAGGGGCCUAGAGAAAUACACUGCUCAACAAGUGGUGAUUGGAAUGAACAAGAACCUCAAUGUGUGGGAAUUUCCUGUGAAGUACCAGAAAUUGAGAAUGGAAAACUUUUAGGUGGGAAGGCAGUUUACAAGGAGAACGAACGGCUGCAAUAUAUAUGCAAUCCUGGUUUUGCACAUGGUGAAAGAGCAGAUUCCACGUGUACUAAAUAUGGUUGGAGUCCAGCUUUAUUAUGUAUAGAAAUCACAUGUGAUCCCCCACAUCUGUCUAAUGGGAAUGUAUUUCCUAAGGCAAACAAAUAUAGAGGAUAUGAAGAAAUCUCAUUUACAUGCAAAGAAAAUUAUUACCCACCACUUACUGGAAACAAAGCAACAUGUACCCCUGAGGGCUGGUCACCUCUUCCAAGAUGUAAUUUGAGACCUUGUGAUUAUCCAGAAAUUGAAAAUGGAGAACUUUAUAAGUCUUGGUAUUCCGAGGAAUACUUUCGAAGUUUCUUUCCAGAAUCUAUUGGAAAAGAGAUGUUCUACCGUUGUAAUGAAAAUUAUGUAUCUGCUUAUGCACGUCCCUCAGACUAUUGGACAAGAUUUUCAUGUACUCCAGGAGGAUGGUCGCCAAUGCCAAAAUGCCUUAGAAAGUGUAUCCUUUAUAAAAUAUCAAAUGGUCAUUUUUGGCCCCAAAAAGGUCAUUAUGUGGAAGGUGAAGAAAUAACAGUGGAAUGUGACAAAGGCUACAGUCUUCCAAAUAAUCAAGACAAAAUUAUCUGUACCAAAGAAGGCUGGUCUACUGAAACAAAUUGUAAAAAGAUCAAAAUAUGCUUAGUGCAAAGUUAUUUCAAUAAUGGAUUUUUUUCUGAAUCAAAAACACAUUAUCCUGUCAAUACAGUAGCAAGAUAUCAAUGUAAAGAAGGAUAUGCAACAAGAGAUGGAAAAAAAGAAGGAUUUAUCAAAUGUGGGCAACAUGGAUGGUUAAAUCAAGCAAGUUGUAUCAAAAUUUGUGAAAUUCCACAAUUUGAAAAUGCCAGAUAUAAGGGAAAUAAGACAUUUCUGAAGCCUAAGGAAAAAUUAGAAUAUGAAUGCUUUGAUGGAUAUGAAAUCACAAGUGGAAAAACUACAGGUUUCAAAGUAUGUGAUACUGAUGAUUGGCCUACAGUACUUGAAUGCUAUGAAAAAGCAUGUCGGCUCCCUCUUCUACAACAAAAUUUGUAUCCUGAUCUCAGGCAAGAGAAAUAUAAAGUUGGAGAUGUAGUGACAUUUCGAUGUAUCAAUGGAUUUAAACUAGUUGGACCACUUUCAGUGCAGUGUUACCACUUUGGAUGGUCCCCCAGAGUUCCUACAUGUAAACAGAGAGUAAAAUGUUGUCAGCAGCCACCUGAACUUGUGAAUGGGGCACCUAAGGACUCAAACCCAAAGACAUACUGUCAUAAAGAUGUAGUAGAGUAUAAUUGUGAUCUUGGAUUUGAAAUGAGAGGACCAAAGAAAAUACAAUGCAAUGAUGGACAAUGGACAACCUUACCCACUUGUGUUGAGGAAAAAAGAAGAUGUGCUGAAGUACCUGAACUUGUCCAUGGUCAUGUUCAGACUAUUAAUCUAUCAAAUACUCACGGGGCUUCAGUGGAAUAUGGCUGUGAAAAUAAUUUUACAAUGGUUGGAAGCAAGACAAUUACAUGUAGUCAUGGAAAUUGGACACAACUCCCUACAUGCAUUGAAACAAGUCUACUUGGGAGAUGCGCAACAAAAUUUUUUGAAGAUUUGCAAGUCAACCUCGAUGUAUCAGAUGAUAUUGCUGUUAAUUAUAGAUGUAACUGGAAUUCAGAAUUCAUAAGUACAAAAUGUACAAAUGGGAAAUGGCUUCCUGAACUACAAUGUCCAAAAAUGAAAUUAUGUGCUCCUCCACCUCAAAUACCUAAUGCUCAGGAUAUGACCACAACUGUGAGCUACCAGGAUGGAGAAAAAAUAGUUAUUAUUUGUAAAGAAAAUUACCUUCUCCGAGGACAAGAAGAGAUAAUAUGUAAAGAUGGACAAUGGAAUUCAUUACCACGUUGCAUUGAAAAACAGCCAUGUUCCAAACCAUCUGCUAUACCAUAUGGAGCUAUUAACCCAGUAAGAAGUUCAGAAGCAGAUGAUGACAAUUUAGAAUCCAGUACCUAUGCACAUGGCACUACAGUAAAUUAUAUGUGUCAAAAAGGUUUCAAGAUGGUAGGAAGAGAGGAGAUAACAUGCAAUAUGGGAAAAUGGAGCUCAUCUCCUCAUUGUGUUGGACUUCCAUGUGGAAAACCACCUCUAAUACAAAAUGGUAUCAUUCUUAAUGAGUUAGACACUUAUGAGUUUGGAGAAGGAGUGACAUACAAAUGUUUUGAGGGUUUCAGCAUCAAUGGGCCAGCAACUAUAGAAUGUAUUGGAGGAACUUGGCCUAGUCCACCACAGUGUAAAGAUGUGAAAUGUGCACCUCCACCCCAGUUUGAUAAUGCUGAUAUGAUUGGUGUUUUAACACACUAUUAUUUGCCAGGGGACAAAGUGACUUAUCAGUGUUUACAAAAUUUCCAGCCUGAAGGCUUAACUGAAGUAACUUGUAUAGAAGGCCACUGGAAAGGGGAUCCACAAUGCAGAGAUAAAUCUUGUGAAAGUGCACCCCAAAUUGAAAAUGCUGAAAUUAUUAGUGGUUUAAAGGAACGUUAUCAACCUGGUGACAGAGUGAGUUACAAGUGUGUUCGAUCUCUUAAAAUGUAUGGACAAUCAUACAUAACUUGUACAAAUAAGACCUGGACAGAACUUCCUCAGUGCAAAGAGGAAACAGGGAAAUGUGGACCACCUCCAUCUAUUAGUAAUGGAGACACCAUCUCUCUCUUGUUACCUGAGUAUGCUCCAGAAUCAAGAGUGGAGUACAGAUGUCAACAAUAUUAUGUGCUUCGGGGUUCCAAAUUUGUGACAUGCAAAAAUGGAGAAUGGACAGAGAAACCAACAUGCCUAGAGGCAUGUACAAUAUCAAAAGAAAAGAUGCAGGAAAAUAAUUUAGAACUUAGAUGGAGAGAAACUAAAAAAAUUUAUUCAAAAACAGGACAAGAGACUGAAUUUAGUUGUAAAAGGGGAUAUCGUUUAUCUUCAGGAUCUCCUCCUUUAAGAACAGUGUGUAUAGAAGGGGAAAUCAUUUAUCCCAGAUGUGAAUAACAGAAUUCACUAUGGAACUCAGCUAUGGAGAUAAUGCAGGAUUCUUACUACCAUUUGGAAAUCAUGACUGUGACAAAUGCUCAGCUUCAACCUGUCCUAUUUAACUACUUUCUACAUUGUGAUAAAUGUUUUGAUUUAAUUGUAUUUACUCAGAUGGUCCAUCAUUCAUUCAAUAUACUUCUGACUUUGAAAUGUUCACUUUUUAAAGCACAAACCUAAAGAAUGAAACAGUCAUUAAGUAUCAAUAAAAUCUUCACUUUAAGAAAA